AUGCCUCUGAAUGAUGAGCGAGCUGCCUCCACAUCCGGCGGUGAGGACCAGGGCAGUGAUGUGGAGUCGUCGUCGGAGCGCUGUGACAGCAUGACGUCGACCAGCGACCUGGACUGUUCCCGUGAAAGCUUCACCAGUGACUGCUCCAGCAAGCCUUGCACGCCCUCCUCAAGCCCACCCAAAACCUUAACCCUGGAUGAGGUCAUGAAGUCUGCCAGAGACCUGUCCAAUCUCAGCAUUGCCCAUGAGAUCGUUGUGAACCGCAACUUCCAUCUUGAACCAAACAGCCUACCUCAGGACAGUUUAUGGAAGAUAGUUAGAGAUAGUGUCCACAAUGCCUUCUGGGACACCCUGGAGUCCGAGCUGAACGAAGACCCGCCUGAGUACGGGCACGCCAUCAGAUUAUUGGAGGAGAUCAGAGAGAUUUUACUGUCAUUCUUUAAUCCGGGUGCCAAUCGGAUGCGGACCCAGAUUAUGGAUGUGCUGGACAUGGACCUGAUUCGUCAGCAGGCUGACAACGAUGCUGUAGACAUCCAGGGGCUUGCCUCUUACAUUAUCACCACCAUGGGCAAGAUGUGUGCACCAGUUAGGGAUGAGGAUGUCAAGAAGCUCAGCGAAGGCCCGGAUAACAUAGUGACACUGUUCAGGGAGAUCUUCCGUGUGCUGGACUUGAUGAAGGCGGACAUGGUCAACUUUACAAUCGAUAACCUGAGGCCUCUGCUGCAGAGGCACAGUGUCGAAUAUGAGAGGGAAAAGUUUCAGAGCAUCCUGAACAAACUACCCAAUGCUUUGGAGAACACCACCUCGUGGAUCAAGUCAGCAGUGGAUGACCUGUGGACCAUGACCCCCAAAGAAAAGACCAGCGGUCCGGGGAAAGGAGAGCGACUGGUGCCUGGGCCCUUUAAGGUCCUCAACGUUGCCUUCCUCUACAUGCUCACAUGGGACUACGAUAAAAACCCACUGCCUGAGACCUUGAUAAAUGAUGAGAUGCGUCUGCGAGAGAUUCAGUGGCAGCUCCAGCAGUGUCAGGCGGUGAACGAGGUGCUGCUCAUUAUCCACAGCACCGUUGGAGAUCCUAUCCAGGGUCUGCCCUCCCUGUCUGAGCGCCUGAAGAGGAUGAUUAGUGUGCUGCUGGAUGGGAUUCACCGCCCGCACUUUAACCUAGAAGAGGCACUAGAGGGCGUCAGUGCUCAAGUCUGCUGUGAGCUCAACAAGUCUUUAACAGAGCGGAGCUAUCCUGCCCUGACCCCGGCGCUGCAGGCCACCCUCACAGGCCAGAUCUGCAGCAUCAGCCAGAAGGACAAUCCCAUCCGCGCUCUCGUUGAGGAUCGUGUGCAGCAGUACUUCGUGACACUCGUCUUUGACCCUAAACCCCAGGUCAAACUCGAACAGGUACCAGCUGGCUUGACUGCUAUCAAGCCUGAACUAGCAACGAUGGGAGCAAAGUUCCUCUCCCUGGUCAACUACAACAAGAGUGUCUAUGGACCUUUCUACGCAGACAUCUUCAGGAAGCUGACGCACAGCAGCAGCAGCCCACCAGCAGCUCCUCAGGACACCGCUCAGGACUCGGUCACCUCCAAUUAAAACCAAAGUUUGGCUCGUGCGCAGUCUGAGAAGUCUUUUUGCUACUAGACAUAAAUAAAGCUAAGGAGGUACAAUAGCUAGGCAGUGCAACUGCUUUGCACAAGCUAAUGUACUCCAAUAGUGGGAGUUACCUUCAUCGCUUUGUAAAUGUAGUGAUAACUACAUUUAGCAGUGAAGGCACUGCCGUGUAGGCGCCACGCAGUAGACAUUUAAUGUGACCUGCAUCCUUUUGUGAGAAAUGCCCUAAAAACCAUAAAGCCAGUGUUACAGCGAUCCAUCUCUGAACCUUAUCGUGAUCCCUACAUUGUAAAUGUGUCUGUAGUGAGACUCCAAUUAUUGUGGAGAGGGAAAAGGGCAAAACGUUAGUUUGUCUAAAGCAUACAGUAAGCUUUAUGAAGCAAAGAGGAAGACGCUUAUAUAUUUAGAAAAGUAGCACAUCAGAUUCCUUAUGUAUAACAAGUUAUUUAUCUGUUAAGGUAACUAUAUAGUUAACUAUGACCACCUUUGAACAUAUUAAUGCAAAUCAUGAGAAAGCCCUUUUUCAAUGGAAUAAGUCCUUUUGAUUGUUCUCCCUUUUAACGUGUUUAUCAGCCAGAGAACUGAACUUUAUGUAUUCUUUUUAAAUCCACUAGUGUUAAUAAACAGCAAAAAAUAGAUGUAGAAAUAAAAAAUACUGUUUUGGUUUUUGACUUUGCAAAAAAAAAGAUAUAACCAAGUUCUGCAUGAAUAGCUUUGUUUUUACUUGAGUAACUAGUUGUCACUUGUUGUUUGUUGUAUAAUUUUGCUUAUUCUCUGCCAGUGGAAUACUUGUUUUAUUGAUUUAGUUGCUAUGUUUGUUACAUUUUGAGGUACUGUAGUUACAGUAUUGCUGUGUUGGCUGUUAGAACCUGUGGGGAAAUGAAAGGUGCUGAACUCAAAAGUGAUUUUGUGUCCAAAAGUUUCAAGUGGAUCCACUGAUAAACAAAGAAAAGCGGUGUUAUGUACUUUUUACAAAGGUUUAUGUGAAAGUGUGGGAAGUUGUUGUUCUUUUCUUCUGUACCACAGUUAAUAUAAUAAAACUUUAAAAAGAAAAA